GGAAUCUACCUAAAUGUCAAAAAAUAGAACGCCUAUGAUGACGUUCCCCAUCUUUUCCUUCUUCGUAGGAUUCUCACUUCGCACUUUAGGUAUUAUGCAUGCAUUUUUGGGGGCUAUGUUUCUCUUUUUCCGCUCUACUAUCCCAUCCUUUAUGCACUAUGCCUCCUCGUCCCAUUUUCAUAGCCUACGUACAUCAUUCUUUACACACUUAAAUGCCUUUAAAUGGAAGACCUUCACAUCUUUAAACGUCGUUAUCGAAUCCUUAGAGUUACAGUGUUGCUGCAAGACUACGGCACAGACGGAUUAGGUCUACAUCUUUAUCCAUCUAUACUUAUCUGUUUGCGACUCAGUCUGCCGGGAAGGGUCCGAGUGUGCCUUGAACUAGACCGGAGGAUUUUCAGCUAAACUACUACCUACAACAUGUGUAAGUUGGUAACGGUAGGGCUAGCAACCCCAUGUUCUUCCCCGUUGCGGAGAGGUGAAGAUCCUGAGGCUAGUGAAACUGAUCGUGGUUCGGUUGAUUUGGUAGUCAGUUCGACAGGCCCAGAAGUAUACCUACCUACCUACGUAUUCCGUAUAUGAUAAAGAUCUUCUAUACUGCCUUUCCUAAGUCGGCUAACUGGAGAUAAAUCUAUAUGAGAAAUCAACUUACAACUAGAAAUCUUGCCUCUUCUAUAUUACUUACAAUAAAGCAUUCCCGAGAUAUCCGGGAACUAUUUACAUAGUCAGUUACAUGACAAGCCAAUUUGCAGCUUUCAACACCUCAUCUCCAACUACGGACACCGAGCAAUAAGAUAAAAAAAU